GUUAUAACAUUAAAUUAAAAAUUAAAUAUUAACAGGUAUCGCGACUGAAGUAACGGAAAAAUUCAUAACAUAUUCUUGAUCAAUGGCAUGUAUUGUCAAAGUGCCGACAGUUUAAUAUAGAAGAAAUAAUAACAAUUAAACUUCAUUACUUUAAUAAAAAAUAUUUAAAUGUAUAUUAAUAUGUUAGUUAAUUUACAGUUUGUUUUCUUAUUGUUAAUAUGUCGGCAUUAUUGUAGUGCGCAACCAUCUACAGAUACUCCCGAUGUUUGUAUCACAAAGGAUAACAUAAUGCAAAAAUUUCCAAAAUGUUGUAUGAAUAAAAACCAAUAUUGGGAUAUACCAGAUAAAUGCGUUAAUAUAACAGAAAAGGAAAUGGAAGAAAGCAAAAUGUAUCAUUAUUUUUAUGAAAGCAAUGAAACUCACAUUAAUAGCAACAGUGUAGUUUUUGAUCCCAUUUUUGAUAGCAAAAACCAUAUGCUCUCAUGUGAACCUUCUUCAGUAUUGUUUAACGAGAUUAUUGGAUUUACUAGUAACGGUUCAGCAAUUAUCAGAGAAAAUAAGAGAGUUAUAUUUAUUAAUUUCGAAGAUUAUUGUUUAGAUAGUUUAUUGGGCAAGCUCGCCAUGUUUGUUUGUAAAACAGCAAUAUUUAGCAGUUCAGCAGGAAUGAUUUUAUUAUCUAAUGAGACAUUAGAUGCGCAGACUUAUAUACCAAGUAUAGUAAUUUCAACCUGUUGCUACUAUAUUGCUGCAAUUAUUUAUCAAUUUGUUUUGGAAUCACAUGAAGGACACAGAACAUGCUUUACAGCUUACUCAAUUAGUAUGGGUACAACUUUUUUAUGCUUAAUUUUGCUCCAAAAAGUUAACCUUCACUGCACAUGCUUGGGUUCCAUAUUCUUUAUGUUCAUGUUAGCUUCGUGUGUAUGGCUUUAUUGCAUAUGCCACAAUACAACAUUUAGUGUCAAAACAUUUAUGAAAGCAGACCAAACGUCGAAUCGUUUUAAAAUGUAUACUACACUGUCGAUUAUAGUUCCAGUAAGUAUGUUACUGAUUUCUAUAAUUCCUUCAGGGAUUCCAGAUGUUCCCCGACUUUUUACAAAAAACUUGGGAAGUUGUACAUUUAAAGGGGAAGACACAAGGGUUGCGAUUUUGUUUGUUCCAGUAAUAUGUUUAAUUGUGAUUUCAACGUUAACCGUCAUCUACAGUUUUUUUUUAAUAAGACAAUUUGACAAAAUAUAUAAAUGUGAUAUUAUAUGGUUGGAAAAGAGGAAUUUACUUCGAUAUAUGACUCACUCAUGCUCUCUUAUACUGAUCACGUCAAGCUUUUGGAUUGUCGACGCAGGAUUAGAAAUAGCUGAAAGUAAAAUAAGUGUUCCAGCAGCAUAUAGUAUUAUAGAAGGUUUACAGGGGGUGUUGGUGAUGGUAAUAUUUGCUUUCGACAGAGAGACAAGGAAAGAUAUUUAUAAAGUUUUAUGUACAAAAAGAUUUCAAAUGCCAAAAUCUAAACGAUUCAGUACGCUGCUAAAAAAAUUCAAAAGCGAGAGAAGGGUUAAAAAUUAGAAAUAUUAUUACAAGAUAACGAUAUUGCUAGGUAAACUUUAAAUAUCUGCACGGGAUUUUUGUUUGUUGUCCAUAUUUUGUGAAUCUUCUAUCAUAUAUAUAAAAUAUUUACUAAAUACAAAUGUAAAGAAAUAGAACUUUAUUGUUGCUCUAUUGGCUUUAUAAAAUUCCGUAAAGUAUUCAAUGUUAACCUUGCCUCUUUGAUGGAAACCCAUGGAGCGUAUGUCGUCUUAUGUCUUCUAUGUUAUCUGAAUCAUUAUUAUCUAUUUUAUGAGCUACUGAAUCAAUAAUUUCGUCAUCAGGUAAUCUCCCAGCAAUCGUAACUCCAUCAUAGCACGUAACAAAGUCCUCAAAUGGAUAUUCUUGAUUCAGACACGACUUUAUUUCAUUCUACAGGAGGUGAAAUAAAAACAUCUUCGCUUUCAGCUUCUUCUAAUGACAACACCGACAAUCCAGACUAUAAUGUAUUUAACCACGUACCACGUUAAUCUUUUUUCUUCAAUGUAAUUUAAAGUGUCUUUCUUUAUCUCCAAUCGUCUUUUGAUUUCGUCGUUAGUUAUUUUGUCCAUUCUGGAAACGCUGCAGCUUCAUCUCUAGUAGCCCAUUUUUGUGGCGUUUAUUUUGUUUCUGCUGCUUUUGUUUAAGACCCAAUUUUCUGCUCCAUAUGUUAGAAUACUGCAAAUCAUCGUGUUAUAAAUUCUUUUUUCUUUUUGUGUCUGUCCCAUAGGAAUAAAUUCAGUUUAUUUUGUUUCUGCUGCUUUUGUUUAAGACCCAAUUUUCUGCUCCAUAUGUUAGAAUGCUGCAAAUUAUCGUGUUAUAAAUUAUUUUUUUGUUACUUUUUGUUAUGUGUCUGUCCCAUAGGAUUGAAUUCAGGUUGUCAAGUUCAAGUUGUCUUAUAGAGUUUCUGGUUUAACCCACUCGAUUUUUAAUUUCUUCUUCUGUAGUACCUUUAUUUGAUAUAAUGAACCCCAGGUAUUUAAAUUUAUCGGUCCCCUUUAUUUCACGCCUGUCAUCCACUUCCAGAUUUCUUGUUAGUUCUUGUGUUGUCUUCAGAUAUUCUGUUUUGUUAAUGUUUAUUUCCAGGCCACUUAUAUUAUAUAGUUCUCGAACCAUAUAACUUAGAUCUUCCUCGUCUUGUGCUAUUAUGAUCUGAUCGUCGGCGAAACUGAGGGUAUACAGAUGGUCGUUUCUUAUGGGUACUCCCAUUCCCUCACAUUUCCUUUUUCAUGGCUUUAGGGCGUAUUGAGGAAAUAUUUUAAAGAGUGUAGGUGAGGUCGAGCAGCCCUGUAGGAGAUCCUUCGUGGUUUUAAAUGGUCUUCCAAACUUGUUACCUACCUUGACUGUAACAUUAUUAUGUAUGUACAUGGACUUCACUAUAUGGAUCAGCUUAUCUUUGCAUAUCAUAAUAUGCCAUCAUAUGCCAUAAGAACCUAUAUAAACGUUUAAUAAUUAAUAUAUAUAUAUAUAUAUAUAUAUAUUAUUAUAUAUUAUAUAUAUAUCUAUAUAUACGGAUUGAACGAAAUAAAUUCGGAACAUAGGAAUAUAAUGUAUUUCGGCUCAAUUCUGCUGUAGGUGGUUGGCCAACAAAAUAUUGUCAAAUAAUUAUAUUAUAAAAAUCCAAUACUUUAGCGGGUUGCUGGAUUCUGAACUCAUAAAAAUUGAAAGCUACACAUAAAUCUACGAUUUAUGCUGUCAAACCAGUUAUAGUCCAGGAAAUGAAGUAUUUCACCUCGCAAUUUUUUCGUGCUGCGUGGGUUUACUUGAAAUUUAACAGAAGGUAGGUAAUAGCCUAAGGAUCAAAAUCUAUAUCGAACCAAAGUGCGCCAAAGCCUAGGGGGUGGUUGCCACCCCAUCUCCGGGGUGAAAAUUUUUUUUACGUUUUAACUACAGGUUUCGAUUAAAAAAGUGAUUUUAGACAAAAAAUGUGCUAUACAUUUUUUUUAUAAAAUGAUAUUUUUCAAGUUAUUCGCGAUUGAAAGUAACAACUUUUAGACGAAAAAAUCCACGUUUUUAAUCGAUUUUUCGCGAAUAACUCGAAAAUGGUGCAUUUUAUCAAAAAAAUUGUAGAGAACAAAUUUGUAGCUUUUAAAAAGACAAAUACAGUUCAUUUUUUAAAAUGUUUUUGCGAUAUAAUAGGAACCGAAAUUCGGCCUAUCAAUGUUCAGCGGUUUUCUUCAAAUGCCAAAUUUGAAAGAUUCAAAGUCAGAUAUCGGGAAAAUGAUGCAUUUUUGGAAGACAACUCACAAAACCUUUUUUAAAGCAUAAAUAGACCUAUCACAAAAAAAAGACUCUAGCUCAAAAAUUGAGUGAGUUAUGAUAAAAAUAAGGUCAAUACCUCAUUUUUUACGAAAAAAAUCGAUGAAAACAACCCCCUAACCACCCUCAUAAUUAAAAUCGAUCUUCACCCUUCUGCAAUUCCUUUUGUACAUGUAUUGUUAAUACGUCCAAAAAGUUUGACCCAUUUAAAAUGCUUAGUUUUAGAAAAAGUACAGCUUAAAGCGAGAAACGAUUUACAAUUUCAUAUUUUUUACCCUCCUUUUUUUAAAUAUUCCCGAAAAUACUAAAUAUAUGAAAAAAAUAAAAAUUACCAAAUUGUAGCUUUUUUAAUGACUAAAAUUAUCCUUUAUUUAGAUUUGUUGUACAAUGAAUAUUUGGCGAGAUAUAGCCGUUUAAAGCAUCGAUUUACGAUCAAGCACCAUCUUUUUCAAGCCCUUUAAACUAACCCCAUUUAAAAACCAAGGGUUCCAAAAAGAUUUAAUUCACAGAUCCUUGUAGCUCUUAAAAACCUCUACAAAUCGUUUUUGAAGAAACACUCUAUCGUUAAAAAUUAAAGGAAAUACGUUAAAAAAACCAGUUAAUUUUUUUUCCGGAAAAUUCCAUUAGUAUAGUACAGUACAUGUCGGAGCAUAAUAAUCUACAAAACCGGUAAAUUAGCUAGUGGGGCGUUAUAAAUUUGAAAUUUUAAGCGUUCUUAUUUUGAAAUCCCAUACAACAGAAUAAAACAUCUGCUCAUUUAUGUCUAUGGCUUGGCAAUGAAAAUAUCAGAGCAACAGAUUGGGGAUGGUAUUCCAAAGAUGGGUAUAUUAUUACCCGUACGCAUGAACAAACAACCUGCACCCGAUGAACUUUUAAAAAUUAUUUUUUGCCAAUGCAAAAAAAGGUGCGGUGUUUCAUGUGGGUGCAGAAAAGUUGGUUUAUACUGUAACUAUACUUGUUCUGGGUGCUCAGGUGAAGGGUGCAAUAACAGUCCACCAACAAUUGAAGAAGAUGAGGAUGACAUAGAUCACGAUGAAGAUGUAAUUGAUGACGAAUAAAAUUAAUAUUAUAAUUGUUUUACCUAUAAAUGUAAAUAUUUUCAACUAUUUAUGUAAAUGUAUAAGAAUAUAAUUAUGGUGCCUUUUAUGUUGAUAAAUUUUUUUGUAUUUAAUUCUACUUUUUUCAAUUUAUAUCUUAUAAAUUAGUUUAUAAAAACUGCAAUGUUGUAAAGGGUGAUUUUCAAAACUUGAAAAGUUGCAAAAUUUUGGCAAAAAAUUGUUUUCACCUAUAGCACUCAUAACAAUUGAUUUUUAAGGGUUGAAAAUGUAUGAAUUUGUAUUUUAAAGUAUAAAAAAAUCACUAUUUAACUAAUCCAAACCAAAUUUCACUCAUCUUAAGAUUUGUAAUAUUAUUUUACAAUUUUUGAAAAUUAGGGGUAGUUUUCAGCCCUAAGAACAAUCAGGGUUCAUCGGCAUGACAUAAACUAUAAAGCAGAGGGUGAGUUGAACUUAAUUCCAAAUUUUUAUGCAAAUCGUUCCAAGGUAAAAUCAUUUUCUUUGCAUUACUAAUUUUUUUAUAUUAAUCUCUAAUAAGGGUCGCUUUUUAAGGGUUGAAAUAUGAUGGAACUUUAUUCAAAAGCACGAAACUAUCAUUAUUUAAUUAAUUCAAACCAAAUUUUACCCAUAUUCAGGUUUAAUAUGUUAUUUUAUAAUUUUUGACUAUUAGGGGUAGUUUUCACCCCUAAGAACAAUCAGGGUUCGUCGACAUGACAUAAACUAUGAAGCAGCCGGUGAAUUAAGCUUAAAUCCAAAUUUUUAUCCAAAUCGAUCCAAGGAUAAAACAUUUUUUUAGAAUUAGUAAUUUUUUUACAUUAAUCUCUAACAAGGGUUGCUUUUUAAGGGUUGAAAUAUGAUGGAACUCUAUUUAAAAGUAUGAAAUAAUCAUAAUUUAAAUAAUUCAAACCAAAUCUUACCCAUAUUUAUGUUUAAUAUGUUAUUUUAUAAUUUUUGACAAUUAGGGGUAGAUUUCACCCCUAAAACCCUUCAGCGCACUUCGGUUCGAUAUAUAUUUUGAUCCUUGGGCUAUCACCUACAUUCUGUUAAAAUUUCAACUGGAUACAUGCAGGACGAAAAAAUUGCGAAGUUUUAACUUUUUUCGAGCUUCACUUCCUGAACUAUUAUCGCUGCCUUAGACAAACCCGUCUUACGCAAACAACAUUGUUACGAGACAGAUAGUUGAACGAUAUUUUAUACAAUGUCUAUACCCAGGUAUGGAUUUAUUUUUGUCCAAGUUUUAUAUUGGUCCACUAUUUCAAAUGCAGUUCAAACAGACAUGUAUUAAAUUGUAUGUUCCGUUUUAAUUUGGUUCAAUCUGUAUAAUCUGAUAUGUGUGUACUAGGUCUUAAAAAUAAUUCUUAAAUACAUUUAUUUUAUUAUAAUUAUUUAAUGACAAGCAAGGCUUAAAUUUGCCGAUAUUUCCAUAUGUAUUAAUUAUUAUAUUAAUUGUAUUUAUUUAAAAAUAGCACUUUUUAUUUUAUAAUUUGUUCGUAAAUAUUUAUAAACAAAUAUCUUGUAUAACUAAUAGGUAAAUAUAUUAAUACAAUUAUUAUUAAAAUAAUAUAAAUAAAUUAUG